AUGACAAGCACAUCGGAGAAUUCUCUACGAGAUAUCGAGAAGUUUCGAGCGUCGGUGCGUUGCGCGUUCGAUUUGUACGAGACGAGCAGCGCGUUGUUGAGCUACGCGUUCGGACCGCGAGAAUUGAUUGACGUUGUUCAACGCGCGUGCGAAGACGAGAGCCUCGUGAAGCAAUGCACUGAGCUUCUGCUCAAUGUCGUCGAUUGGCUGAACGAGGAGAUCACAGUGAUGGCGAGCAAAAUGGAGCAAGUCGGAUUGACAUCAGCGGAGUUUGGCGAGUUUCGUGAGCGCCUCAUCCUAUUGUACGAGGUUGAUCGAGCGGUGAAUGCGUGCGACGAUCUCAUCACAUCCGAAAUGCAAGAGAUGCUGAAUUCGACGAUCGACGCCGUGUUGAGCGCCUAUCAAUCGACGAAAUCGCACGAUGUGAGCCAAUGGAAACGCCUCAAAACGCCGUAUUAUCAGUUUUUCACAAAGCAAUCGAGUACGCUGUCACAAGAGAAUCUGGCGAGUCCGCCGCAGAUCUACGCGCGCGAGGACGGUGUCGUUUCGUCGAUCGCGUUCGAGAAAGCGCGCAACGAUGUCGACGGCAAGAAAUGCGUGUUCGUGAGUCGCCUCGUGAGAAUCCUCAACGGGAUUCGCGCCGACGCGAAAUUCGACAUUGAAGGGAUGCGCGAGAUCGUCGCCGCGAGCGCGACAUUCACGAUUGACGAUCGAGACGCCGAAGAGAUUUUCGACAGAUUUUUGAGCGUUUGGGACUCGACGUUGGAGCUGAAAAAACGCGACGAGCCGUAUUUGUUCGUGGAAAUGUUGCGCAAAUUUUUCGCGCAACUCUCGCCGACGAAAAAGAACGCGAUUGCCGGCAUGCUGUUGGCGAAGUACAACGAGACGGAGCAUUUGUUGCCGAAUUUGGAGAAUUUCAUUCGAAACUAUCAGCAACAGCUCACCGAGUUGCUCAAUCGAUUGCCGCAUGAUCAUCAGAAGUUGACGACGGAAGCCGACAAAUUUGAGGAGCUCAAAAAUCAGAUGGCCUGGUUUCUGUUGGCGACACCCGUCACAUGCCUUCAUCAGCUUCUUCAACUCUGCAUCACCAACAAGGGAUUCGUGCCGGCCGUCGUGAAAGUGUGCCGCGCGAUUCCGGUGCUGUUCGAGGCGCGCGUGUUCGCCACCAACGGCGACGACGGCGUCGAGCAGCACACGCCCGAGCCGGUGCUCAUCAUCAAUUUGAGGCGCAUCUUCAAAAUCGGCUCGCUGAAUUGGCGAAGUCUCGACGAAUGGAACAACGCCGCUUAUUUGGCGUUGUCGUUCGCGAAAAAACGCAAAGGCAAACUCGACGACGAUCCGCCGCUUCUGAAUCCCUACGAUUUGAUUCAACUCGUCGUCGAGGAGCUCGUGCGCGUCAACAAUGGAAAACAUCGAAUCGGCGCGGCGAUAUUCGCGAAAAUGCUGUCGAGGCUAUUCGCGAACAACGCCAAUAACAAGGAAGUGGCGACGUACAAAUGGGCGACGAGUUUGAAUCAGCCGAAACGUUUGAUUGAGCUUCACCCGAUUCGAAUUCCCAUUCCGAUUUCAGAGGACGACACCGUUCCGACGCCCGAGCUCAUCCUUCUUCUGUAUGACAUUCUCAUGGAGAAUGAUGGACAUGAGACGUCGGAGCAUUGCCGCGACACGAUUCGAUCGAUCGGCUUCAGACUCGAAGAAGAGCAAAUUCGAUUCGAUGAUGAGACGAUUGAGUUUUUCGCGAUGAAACGAUUCAACAAUGGUCAAUGGUGGAUCAAAUAUUCGAUUUUUGUAUGGCUCAAUUAUGCGUUGAAUUCGCCGAAGCUUCAGGUUCCGUCUGGAAUCUACACGGCACUUGCCGAAUCGGAGAAUGACGAUUUCGAGCCGAUAAUUAGCAGCGAGCAAUCAUCGGCGGCCGAAUGCUAUUUGAGGAGCUUGUUCGAGCUCGGAUUGUUCGACGUCGAGCUCGCCAUCGAGCUCGUCAAUCGCGGCUUCGACGUGCGUCUCGAUGAAGAUGAGUCGGUUCAUCGGAUGGCGAUGGCGCUUGUCGAUUGCUACGGCAAAAAGUUUAGCCAGAAGAAGGCGAGCGCGCAAAUCGCCGAGCUGCUGCGACGCAUGUUGGACGUGUUCGAUCCGACGCGAUUCUUCAAACGAUUGGAGUCGUGGUCGGCGUCGAUGUUCGAGGGAUUGAAAUCGAUCGAUCAUUUGUUGUUGUUGUCGCGAGCGGUCAAAAUCGCGUUUGAAAGGAAGAAUUCGAUGUUCGUCCGCGACACUUCGGCGAUUCCGGCGCGUGGAUUCGAAGAAAUUGAAGGCGUCGAGCAGAUUGCCACACAGCUUCUUGACGUCUUCUGCGAGACAUCGAAAAAAUUGAUCGACGAUGAGUAUAUAAGCGUUUCACAGUAUCGAGAAGAGACGAGAAAGGCGUUGUUUGAGACGAAAGAAGCGCGACCGGAAAUAUGGAAGAUGAAGGCGCUUCUUGAGCGACGCGAGCAGAAGCUCAUGUUCCAGAUGAACGCGAUAUUCGAGGAGGCGGUGUGUUUCACUCGUCAAAUGCAGCAGAUUCCGACGAAAUUGCACAUUCUGUUGGUGACGAUUGUCGAGAAGAUGCCGCUGAUGCAAAAGUUUGCGACGAACAAAGUUUUGGAUGAGAUGAUCACCGAAAAAUCGACGAAACAAACCGUGUACGCCUACGCGCAAUCGUUGCCGCCGCCAAUUGCCGAGCCGGCGGAGUCGACGACGACGGUUGAGCCGAUGGUGCGCGCUCAGUGUGGCGUCGACGGCGAUGAUCGCGUUGCGGCGUGUUCGAAAUCGUCGGCGGAGCAGCAGGUUGCGCGCAACACGGUGGUGGUGAAGCCGCAAAUGCAGCAGCAGCAGCAGCAUAGCGUCGAGAAUCGAAUGUUCAAUAAUGGCGCCAACAACUUUUCGUCGAGGCGAUCCCAACAGCAGCCGCAGCAGCAGCAGCAACAGUCGGAGAAUCAUUAUUCGCGGAAUGAGACGAGCUCUCGUCACCACUACCGUAAUCCGGCAGCCUCCGGCUAUCGGAAUCGUUCGCGACAGCGCAAUUCGCUGAAAGACCCGCACAAUUUGUACGCGUCGGAUCGCGAGGCGUUCAAUCGGCGACAGCGCGAGUUCAGCGGUGGCAGUCGACACAACAGCUAUCGAAGCAAUGAUUUCUAUGAGAACGACGAUGACGGAUAUUCGCAAUAUCACAAUUCGACAUAUCGAGAAUACGACAAAUAUCAGGAAUCGAAAUCGGGGUACAAGUCGAGGAAUGCGAAGCCGUUUUCGGACAUUCCCAAAGAAAUGACCAUAAACCCGUAUAUGUUGCUACUACUCUUACCGCUGCUGUUCGCCGGCCGCACAUCAUCAAUAACCAUCGACGAAAUGCUCGUCACUAAUAAAUAUAUGUUCAUUUCUCAGCACGGGUGCAUCACCCAAUUCGAGGCCGAAAUCUCGCCGGGAUUAUGUCCGCAGGUGAUGCAAAAACCGCCAGCGAGCAUCAAGUCGUGCAGCUCGGACAAUCGCAUUCAUUUGUUGCGCGAUUUGGACGGCGUUCAUGCGCCCAAAUUGGGAAUGUUCGCGAGUUCGGACAAUCGUCGAGGACAGGUCGUGUUUCGUGUGUUCAAUUUGAAUGAAACUGGAAUGUGGAAUAGCGGGAUGACGAAUCGCAAAUACGGCUACUAUGUUCAUCCGGAAUACUCGUCGAGCUCGGUUAUAAUGACGUUCCCCGUCGAAUUCAAUGAUAUCAGCACCAUUUAUGAUCCGAUGCAACGUUUAAUGUAUGUGUUUUACACAUUGCCGGGACCUGAGAGUCGUGGAAUAGUCGAAUUUCACUAUUUGCGAGGCCUAUUUGAUGAGAAUGAUAAGCCGCUGAUGCUGCCGAUGACGAGAACCGUCGGAUUCGGAAUGGGCAAACUCAACAUGCACAUUCGUAACUCACAACGAUUUGCGUGGACCGAAGACGCCUACACGAGACGCGUGUUUUACAAGGAGAUCGUCGAUGGCAAAUUGGUGACGUUUAUGGUCCCAAUGGACAGUAUCAUGUCGACGUUUAUUGAUGGUGCCGCUGGCAAACGGAUCGCCUCCACUGAAGAGAAUCGCGAUUUUUACGCGAUCAACGGCGGAAUCAACGCGUAUCGAGUCGUCGAGGAUGGCUCGUCGAUUGUGAAGACCUAUUUUAGCCCCACAAACAGCUCAUUGACGACAAAAGGAAUGACGUGCUCGCAUGAGACGGACUCGAAGACGCUGAGCUGGAUGACGUCGUUGUUGGUGAUUCGCGAUCGCGAUUAUUGCCUUCUCAAAUACGCGAGUCAGGCGAAACGCGAGAUGUGUGAGCACGAGCGAUUGGAUUGGCUCGAAAUGAAUGGAUUGCUGGAUCGUACCGAGGAGGACACCGUCAAAUGGCUCAUCAUCACCAUUGUGAUAUUGCUCAUGAUCAUCGUCCUUCUGCUCGUCUAUGUCUAUUGGCUGCGCUCGACGUUUGCGGCGCCCGACGACCGAAUCGCGCAGAACGAGUAUGAGCAAGAGGCGUCGUUGUUCGUGUCGAAGCAGCGCAGUUUUCCGUCCGUCUAUCCGGAUCCGGCGUUGUUGGACGUGUCGGUCGACAAAUGGAAUUAG